AAGUGACGCGCAGUGUCGGCGCGGCGGGGCGGGAGCGGGGCCGGGGCCGAGCUCAGGCCCGAGCCCGAUCCCAGUCCCGGUCCCGGUCCCGGUCCCGAGCCGCGCACCGCCCGUCCCGCACCGCUCUUCCCGCACGGACACCGUAGGACCAUGGAUUUCCCAGGGCACUUUGAGCAGGUCUUCCAGCAGCUGAACUACCAGCGGCUGCACGGGCAGCUGUGCGACUGCGUGAUCGUGGUGGGCAACCGGCACUUCAAGGCGCACCGCUCGGUGCUGGCCGCCUGCAGCACGCACUUCCGCGCGCUCUUCACCGUGGCCGAGGGCGACCAGAGCAUGAACAUGAUCCAGCUGGACAGCGAGGUGGUGACGGCCGAGGCCUUCGCCGCGCUCAUCGACAUGAUGUACACGUCCACGCUGAUGCUGGGCGAGAGCAACGUGAUGGACGUGCUGCUGGCCGCCUCGCACCUGCACCUCAACUCGGUGGUCAAGGCCUGCAAGCACUACCUGACGACGCGGACGCUGCCGCUGUCGCCGCCCAGCGAGCGCGCGCAGGAGCAGAGCGCGCGGCUGCAGCGCUCCUUCAUGCUGCAGCAGCUGGGGCUCAGCAUCGUCAGCUCGGCGCUGGGCUCCUCGCAGGGCGCCGAGGAGCCGCCCGGCGCGCUGGGCGCGGCGCUGCGCGGCGGGCUGGAGCAGCGCGCCGCCUUCCCCAUGCGCCGCCUGCACAAGCGCAAGCAGUCCUCCGAGGAGCGCGCCCGCCAGCGCGUCCGCCCCGCCAUGGACGAGCCCGUGGCCGACGUGGCUGCCGAGAGCGGGCAGCCCGGCGUGCACUCCCGGGAGGAUUUCUUCUCCCCGGACUCGCUCAAGAUCGUGGACAACUCCAAGGCCGACGCGGUCGCCGAUAACCAGGAGGACAACACGAUCAUGUUCGACCAGUCCUUCGGCGCUCAGGAGGACGCCCAGGUGCCCAGCCAGUCUGACAACGGCGAGGGGAACAUCUCCCAGAUGUCCAUGGCGUCCCAGGCCACGCAGGUGGAGACCAGCUUCGACCAGGAGGCUGCUGCCGAGAAGAGCAACUUCCCGUGCGAAAACCCCGAGGUCAGCCUGAACGAGAAGGAGCACAUGAGGGUGGUGGUGAAGUCUGAGCCCCUGAGCUCCCCGGAGCCCCAGGACGAGGUGAGCGAUGUCACCUCGCAGGCGGAGGGCAGCGAGUCGGUGGAGGUGGAAGGAGGAGUGGUGAGCGCGGAGAAGAUCGAGCUGAGUCCCGAGAGCAGCGACCGCAGCUUCUCGGACCCGCAGUCCAGCACCGACCGGGUGGGGGACAUCCACAUCAUGGAGGUGUCCAACAACCUGGAACACAAGUCUUCUUUCAGCAUUUCCAACUUUCUGAAUAAAAGCAGGGGAAGCGGCUUCGGCGCCAGCCAGAGCAACGAUGACAACAUUCCCAACACCACCAGCGACUGCAGGAUGGACAGUGACGCCCCUUACCUGAUGAGCCCGGAGUCGGGGCCCGCCGGCAGCCACUCAUCUGCCACCGUGUCGCACGUGGAGAACCCGUUCAGCGAGCCCACGGACUCGCACUUCGUGCGGCCCAUGCAGGAUGUGAUGGGCCUGCCGUGCGUGCAGACCUCCGGCUACCGAGCGGCGGAGCAGUUCGGCAUGGAUUUCCCGCGCUCGGGCCUGGGCCUGCACUCGCUGUCGCGGGCCAUGAUGGGCUCCGUGCGGGGCGGAGCCGGCGGCUUCCCCGGCUACCGCCGCAUCGCCCCCAAGAUGCCGGUGGUGACCUCGGUGCGCAGCUCGCAGCUGCAGGAGAGCUCGGCGGGCUCGCAGCUGAUGAUGAACGGCGGCGGCUCCUUCGAGGGCGGGCACCUGUCGCAGCCGGGCCCGCCGCAGCUGACGCGCGCCUCCGCAGACGUGCUGUCCAAGUGCAAGAAGGCCCUGUCGGAGCACAACGUGCUGGUGGUGGAGGGCGCGCGCAAGUACGCCUGCAAGAUCUGCUGCAAGACCUUCCUGACGCUGACGGACUGCAAGAAGCACAUCCGCGUGCACACGGGGGAGAAGCCCUACGCCUGCCUCAAGUGCGGCAAGCGCUUCAGCCAGUCCAGCCACCUGUACAAACACUCCAAGACCACCUGCCUGAGGUGGCAGAGCAGCAACCUGCCCAGCAGUUUGCUGUGAGCCCGGCGGGCAGGCGGGCGGGCGCACACCGGCGUGCCACGGUGCCAAACACGGUCUUGGCUCUGCCAUUGGGGAUAUCCGGUACCUACCUCGCGGGUGUCGCCGCCGGAGCCGCGCGGCGGGAUGGGGAUGCGACCCCCACGGCCAAGAGCCCCUUUGCAGGGCAGAGGGGCCACAGCACGGGGGUCUCCUGAAAUAGCACGGUUUGAGAACAAGAAACUGACGUGCGCUUUCCUUUCCUUUUGUCUUCUCUCUACAGCGUUUUGUAACAGUGGAAGCAUUUAAAUGAUUACUGUAACAUGAGUUGCUGCAUUACCUGAGGAUGGAGCUGCAGACCCCUUACCUUUCAAAGAGGAAAACAGCUUAGGCUGCACCUGUCUGACAUAAUGCUUUAAAACACGCUACUUACGACAAUAGUUCUAGGAUUAUGAAUGUAUGUUUGGCUGUUUUGUAGUAAAGAACACUGUGUAAUCAAGGUGCUUAAAUUAAAUCCCACACAAGUAACUUUCGGACUGCCAGGUGUACAUAUAACUUUAAUACAGCAAGAUCUGGAUAUUUGGCUGGUUCUUUUUUUUUUCCGUAGAAACGAGUAUUACGUGGUAAGUGAAGUACUGUCUCUUGUUUGUGCUAUUCCUAGCAGUAUUUUAACCAGUUUGUAUCUCCUAUGUUACAAUUCUAUAUACGCAGAAGUUUGAACAGAGCUUGUCUUUGUCUGUUGUUUUGAAGGAGAGGGAUUUUUUGAUGGCCUCUUUUGCCACGGAAGGCAGCAUCUCGCUGUUCCCAGCUGCCCAGAGUCCAUCUGCUCCCCGUUACGGUGUGAGCAUGUUGUCUUUUCUCUUAUCUCCAGGCUGCAAUUUCCUGCCCUGCGCACUGAGGGACUUCCCUCUGCAGCUGUGGAUCUGUGCGUGGGCCAGGAGCAAUCCCCCUUUGCCGUGUUGCACAGAAUCAUGGAGUAUGCUCACUUGGCAGGGACCCCUCAGGAUCACUGUGUCCAGCUCCUGGCCUUGCAGGGGAUACCCCAACAAUCCCACCUUGUGCCUGACACUUCUUCACCUCAGGCAGCCUUGGGCCUGUGACCCUGUCCCCGGGGAGCUUGUUCAGUGCCAGACCAUCUCUGUAUGGAAACCCUCUCCUGUUAGCCAGCCUAAACCUCCCCUGAUUCAGCUGCAGCUGUUUUCUCACAUCCAGUCGCUGCUCACGAGAGUGGGGAGAUCUGUUCCUGCCCUUCUGCUGCCUCUCAGGAGGGUGCUGGAGACCCUGGCGAGGUCUGACCUCGGUGUGUCUCCUCCAGGCUGAACAAACCAAGUGCCCUCAGCUGCUCCUCGAAAAGCUUCCUCUCCAGAGCCUCAGCAGCCCCUUGGCCUCCUUGGGACAGUCUAACAGCCUAAUGUCUGCUGUGUGACGGUGCUCGAAACUGCGCCCAGCGCUUGAGCUGAGGCUGCCCCAGAGCAGAGCUGAGCUGAGCUGAGCUCAGCAGAGCAGAGCUGAGCAGGACAAUCCCUCCCUCACCCGGCUGCUGACAGCCCCAGGGUGUGCCAGGGCACAGCUGCCUCACAUUCUGUGAAAUGUCCUUGUCAAAUCCACUGAAGAUACGUCAUAAAAGUACUUUUCCCCUUACGUUUAAAAAAAGCUAGUGUAAAUUUAAUUUUAAAAAAAGGCACCAUACGCACGCAGCAGAAAUUUGUCGUUUUCCAUGUGAAUCAUGUAGAUCUCUUUUUAAUUUCCCCUUCUUUGGUGCCACCAUCACUUAACAUUGCCUGCAGUCUCCUUUCUUCCUUGCCAAAGGUGCACACGAACUGUGCUCAGCAUUGUGAAGUUUUAAAAUGAACCUUCAGGGCAUUUCUGCUGAUGGUAAAUGCUGCUGAGCUGAGCAGGGGCUGGGUCCAGGCUGCAGUGUGUCCUUCUGCUCAGGUGAGACAGGAUUCCCUGCACCUGCCCUAUCAGCAUGUUGUUGGCACCUUGACCAUCUGAGGAAUGCAGAAACAUAGGAGAUGGUUGGAUUAAUUCCUUUAAAAUAUUAAUAUUUGGUUAUAGGAUUUACUUAAUGGUCAUAUUUCUGGCUCUUGAUUUUUUUUUUAAAGCAUUAAAAUAACACUUUUUUUAAAGCAGUGGGAUAUGCUGUGUUUUGUUUUAAAUAAUUUCAGUACUGCGGACUAACAGCAUUGAGCUGCAUAAACACUCUCCCAAACAUCAAUAAAAUGCAGUAUUUUGUACUUUAAUAUUUUCUUGUGUUGCUUUGUUAAGUAACACUGCUUCAUCUUCAUUACAUUUCUGGUGUUUUGCUUUUUAACAACAAGGCUUGGGUUUUUUAAUUUUGUGUUUCCUGUAGCACAUCCACAUUUUUGAAUUGUUACAAUGUUUUGGAAUAAAGCAUCUCUGCGCAACGAGACUAACUAGGAACAAUUAUGAGCAGAUAAACACUGACCUGGACUUUUGCAGUGUUUUUAUAAAAAUUUGAUUGUGGAAUAUCAGUGCAGGAGGACUCCUGUGUUCUUUCUUUGUGAAAAAGCUGGGAGCGUUCUUGGAAGCGGCAGCUCUAAAUUCCAUUGUCAGUUAUGUGAGGCCUGGGGCCCGCAGCUGCCUCGCAGCUUUCUGAGUCUUCCUGAACAAAGCAAUAAAUUCCUGGGAGCAGCAGGAGCGAGCACCUGGGCCUGAGCUGCCGCCUGCAGACCUGGUGCCCUGCCCUGCAGAGCUGGCGCCCUGCACCGCGCUCAGAGGCGAACUUCGCACGCGGGAUCUCGCUCGGGGUCUGUUCUGAAACACCUGCAAAUAAACCCUGCGUUUCUGUG